AUGGCUCCCCAAUCAUUCAAUCAGGCAUAUGCAGUGAAUAGAAAUGUUGGAUAUUCCAACCCAUCAAGAAACCAGCAGGUGGACCUCACUCUCAGGCUUGGAUCAUUCCAAUUUGCUAAUCCUAUUCCCAUGAACCCUCAAUAUGCCCAACCCAAUUACUUCACUGGCCCUCACACUCAGGCACAAUAUCACAAUGGCAUGGUUUAUGGGGGAAGCAACACUCGAGGACAAGCCUCCAACACUCCCCGUGUUCCAUACUCGACACAAGCGAGGAUCAUGGGAAACCAUUUCAUGAAAAAUUCAAAUGGGCAAAGUCAGAUUGCUGUUGCUGUUGGGGGAGUUCAUCAUCACAUCUACAACUUCAUCCCUCCAAUGCAGCAAAUGAAUGAGUACACACUGCUCAAUCCCUCUUCUAGGAGAAGCAAUGGCAGCUCGUCUUCACGUAAGAGGAGCUCACGCAAACGUGAGGUGAAUUACAAUGACCUGAAUAAGAGGUGUACAAACUAUAACUGCGGCGUCAAUAAUACCCCAAUGUGGCGCAAAGGUCCUCUUGGUCCUAAGAGCCUUUGCAAUGCUUGUGGGAUCCGGUAUAGAAAGGAAGAAGAGAAAAAGAAAGCUGCUAAGGCGGCUGUCGAAGACCCUUGCCCAAUCCCUGAUCAGGAGUGAAAGAGUUCACAAACAAGUCUCAUGCUUGUAGCCUGGUUCCAUAACAAACAGGUUUUGAAAUUAAUAAUGGAAACAUAUGAGACACUACCAUAGCUUUUCCUUUCCUAAUUACCUAUCAAACUAUUAGGUGGCUUUCCGUUAUCAACUUAUAAUUUCUAUUUAAUGGACUAUGUUUUAUUGUGACAAUGGGUUAUAUCUCAGUUUUUCCCUUUCAGUGGGAGUCUGAGAAA